GGAGAUAUAGAGGGAGAGAGACAGAGAGACACCUGCAGCCCUGCUUCGUCACUCACAAAGCUUUCCCUCUGCUGGAGGGCACAGGGGCUCGAACCCGGGUCCUUGUGCAGUGAUAUGUGCGCUCCACCAGGUACACCACCACCGGCCCCUAUGAUUCUGUUUAGACGAAACAAACAGCGAGCGCCAUACAGCUCCGUGGAUAUGUCGUCAGGAAACAUGUGUCACCACCAGUAUGUCACACAAGGCUUCCUGUCGCUUUGUGCCCAGGUUCAAGCCUGUGGCCCUCCGGAGAAGCCCGGCAGGGGCAGGGAGGUAGGGAGACAGGGACAGGUGGUGAGCAGGCGGAGGGCCUGCCUGUCCGUGGUCCCUCGCAGAGCUUCGGGCAAGGGCUGCCCAGCUAUUCCCGGUCUAGGUGGCUGCUGCAGCAAGCAGGUUUCUUUCUGCCUCCAGGGUUAUCGCUGAGGCUCGGUGCCUGCACCCCGAAUCCACCGCUCCUGCAGGACAUUUUUAUUGCCCUUCUUGUUAUUACUGUCGUUGUUGGAUAGAACAGAAAGAAAUUGAGAGUGGAGGCGAAGACAGAGGGGGAGAGAAAAAAGGCAGACACCUGCAUAUCUGCUUCACCGCCUGUGAAGCGACCCCCCCACCCCCGCAGGUGGGGAGCCGGGGGCUCAAACCGGGAUCCUUGCGCUACGCGCCACGUGCGCGUAACCGCGGCGCCCCACCCGGCCUGGGAAGCAGUGUUCUGUGUGCAGGAGCGCCCGGACCGGGAGGACAGAGCAGGGCGUCCGCCGCCCGGUUUCUCCGACUCGGCCUGUGCCGGAGGCGGCAGGAAAUUGAAGCGGAGACCCAGGAAAGCGAGCCCGCGCUGACGGCGGCGCCCGCGGGGAGGGGGCGGCGAGCCCGGGAAUCGCGUGCAGACCCGCCGCGGCCCCGCGCCCACCCGCGGCCUGCAACCACGCCUGCGCUGAGCAUGGACGUCGGCUCGCCUUUUCCCGACGCCCGGCCGUCCGGGCCGAGGUGAAACACGGCGUGACACGCAGCGUGCGUGGCGGCCAUCUUCGUCUUGUGGGUACGUCAGCCGAGCGGCUCGGUGUAAAGAAGAGCUUGCGCAAGCGCGCCCGAGACGGCCACAGGUAACUCCCAUCUGACGGCUGAGGCGUCGCCGCCGCCGGAAGUUUGGCGUUUCUGCCCGCGGGAGAGAAGCCGGCCGCCGCCGAAGCCGCCGAGUGUCCUCGGUACCCGGAUGUGAGUGGUCGGCGGGCUCGAGGGCCCUGGGCGAGCAAGAAAUGGCAACACAAAAGAAAAUCCAUGUUAAUAAAGUAUUUUACUAAAAAAAAGAAGUUAGGUAGAAAUUUAAUACCAAGAUACUCAGUGAACAAAGAAAGAAACGUGUUUGCUGUAAAACAUGUCUCAAAUGAAUCAAAGUCUAGUCCAUUCAGAAGAAGAAAAAUUUCAGAAACACUGUCAAGACAGACCGCUGAGUGACAAAUAACUCCUAAUUAUAGGACUUGGUCUGGAAGCCAUUGUUAAUGGAAUAACUAACAGAAUUUUCCUCAGAUUUCUAUUGCCUUGUCUAUAGUAAAGCCAAUAUCUUUCUGCCUUCAUGCUAGCUUUUCCCAUGACAUACUGGGAAAGAAACCUUACUUGAAUCAGUUAAAGUUGAUUUUUGAACACUCAACCCUUCAGUACUAAUACUAGACAUUCAACAUUCACACCUGCCAAGAGAUAGCAAAACCUCUCAAAACUAUUCAGAAAAGGAGGACAUUACUCAGGAAUGAUGUCCAUUCAGGAGAAACCAAAAGAAAAUUCCUCCCGUGUUAUUAAAAAAAGUGAAGGUAAGAAUUUAGAGACACAAAUUCAAGUUUCUCAAAAGAAUCUAGCAAAAAACCCAGGACCAAAGGAAGUUAUAAAAACACUGGGUAAAUCUUCCAGUGAGAGUAAAUUAAAUCGGCCUGAAUUGGAAACAUGCAUGAGUACAAGAUCUGCAAAGGCAUUGUCCAGUAAUAAAAAAGCAAGCAACAAACCCAUUAGUGAAAAUACAGUAGCUCUGAGGGGACGUUUACAACAAGAAUCUACACAAAAGAAGAAAUCAUGUCAGAAAAAAUCAGAGCGUGUAAACUCCAAAUCAAAUGAACAGCUUAACCGGAGAUCACAAAGACUACAACAGUUAACAGAGGUUUCAACACGGACUCUUCGUAGUAGAGAAAUUCAAGCAGUUAAACAGAAUUUGCUACCUAUAAGAAAAGAGCCCUGCAGCAAUACUCAAAGUAAAUCUAAUAAGGUCAAAACAAGUCUAAAACAUGUGAAAAGAAAAGUACUGGAAACAAAGCCUGACUCUAAAGGGGACAAGAGUCCAGGAACAAAGGAAGUAAUAACUUCACCAAAAGGGAAAAAGCGAAAAGUAGAACCUGAGACCGUUUCUGCUUCUAGUUCUCAAUGCCUAAAAGGAUCCGAAAAGUGUCUUCAAAAGAAUACUAGGAAAGAAGAAGCAAAAUCUGUGCCUGUAACAACUUCUGGGGUAAAAGCAUCAAAAAUAGCUACUUCAGUGAUCUCUAAAAAGAAUGAAAUUAAGAAAUCAGUUCAUAUACAAGUGACUACUAGUGCAAAAUUCCGAAAAAGUUCACAACCAUUAGUGCCUGAACAAAAUGAGGAUAGUGAGGUGGAGCAAGCAGGAAAGAACAAACGAGGUAGCAUUUUACAGCUCUGUGAAGAAAUUGCUGGUGAAAUUGAGUCAGAUACUGUAGAGGUUAAAAGGGAAUCAUCACAAAUUGAAAGUAUAAGGGAAGAAAAGCUUACAGAAACAAAAUUGGAAGAGACUAUUGAAAGACAAAUUCUUCAGCACAAGGAAACAAAUCAGGAUGUUCAAUGUAACCGUUUCUUCCCCAGCAGAAAAACAAAGCAUGUGAAGUGUAUUUUAAAUGGAAUAAAUAGCUCAACUAAAAAGAACUCCAACUGGACCAAAAUCAAACUCUCAAAGUUUAACUCUGUACAGCAAAGUAAGUUGAAUUCCUCUCAAGUUUCUCCUAAAUUGGGCUUAUUACCAGCCAGUUUUUCACUACCAGCUUUAGAUACGCAUCAUCCACUGACUCAAAGUACAUGUUUAGAGAUAAAAUCAUAUGAUGAUAAAAGCAUAGCUUGCCAACAGGAAGAAAUGAAAAAACUUAAUUCAGAAGAAGUUAAAAUUAAUGAUAGUAUUGAAAUUAAUAGAUCUCCAAAAAGGACUUCUGAAAAUUGUCAUUUGGAUAACAUAAAACCUUCUGUCCUCCCAUUGGGUAGCCAGAUGAAAUGCUCAUCUGAAUCACCAGAUAAGAACAUCAACCUGUGUUUGGAAGCAAGACUUGAAAACAAUCCAGUGGAAAAUGCCACCAGUGUUUCAACACUGCCCAGUCAAGCAAAAAAUGAUACAGGGGAGAGUAAAUUUUCAGGUCCACUUUCCAAACAACCGCAUAGUGUGCUUAAUAACCAAACAUCUAAAACUAGUGAUAACAGAGAGACACCACCAAAUCAUUCUUGGCCUAAGUGUAAUUCCCAUUUGGAAAUAACAAUUCCAAAAGACCUUAAGCUAAAAGAAACAGAGAAAGCUGAUGAAAAACAAUUGAUCAUAGAUGCAGGACAAAAGAGAUUUGGAGCAGUUUCCUGUAAUGUCUGUGGCAUGCUUUACACAGCUUCAAAUCCAGAGGAUGAGACACAGCAUUUGCUCUUCCACAACCAGUUUAUCAGUGCUGUGAGAUAUGUGCUUCUACCAAGGAACCAAAUAAUCAGUUCAUAUGUGUACUGUCGGCAGCUGGCCAGUUUGAACAAAUCCAUCAUCCAGAAAUGUCCAGAAUUUGUUAACAGUAAAGGAGUUCCAUCACAGCAACGCAAGACCACACACAAGUUUGACCACCCAUCAAAAAUUAUUAGAGUUUGGAUGGGCUGGAAAAAAGAGAGAAUUCUGGCUGAAUAUCCCGAUGGCAGGAUAAUAAUGGUUCUUCCUGAAGACCCAAAAUAUGCCCUGAAAAAGGUUGAUGAAAUUAGAGAAAUGGUUGAUAAUGAUUUAGGUUUCCAGCAGGCUCCAUUAAUGUGCUAUUCUAGAACGAAAACACUUCUCUUCAUUUCUAAUGACAAAAAAGUAGUCGGCUGUCUUAUUGCAGAACAUAUCCAAUGGGGCUACAGAGUUAUUGAAGAGAAAGUUCCAGUUAUAAGAUCAGAAGAAGAAAAAGUCAGAUUUGAAAGGCAAAAAGCCUGGUGCUGUUCAACAUUGCCAGAGCCUGCGAUCUGUGGGAUCAGUCGUAUAUGGGUAUUUAGUAUGAUGCGACGGAAGAAAAUUGCUUCUCGUAUGAUUGAAUGUCUAAGGAGUAACUUUAUAUAUGGCUCAUACUUGAGUAAAGAAGAAAUUGCUUUCUCAGAUCCCACACCUGAUGGAAAACUCUUUGCAACACAGUACUGUGGCACUGGUCAGUUUCUGGUAUAUAACUUCAUCAAUUGACAGAAUAACACCUAGAGCAAACUCUUGCCUAAGUACUAGAAGACAUCUCCUGAAGAGAAUGGACUGGCUGGUGACUUAGCCAGGAACUAGGGCCAUUUUUAUUAUAGUGAACUCAGGACUGGCAACAGCCAUAAGGCUGUUCCAUUUUCAUAAAAUUGGAAACAAUGCAGUAAUAGCUUAUUAUUGUUUUGUUUUUUAAAGACGAUAUUUUAUUAUCUUUUACAGAAAUUUAUGAUUAAUGUAUUUUAUCUAUAGUUAUUUAGACAUGUUUACAUGCAGCAGAUAAUUGUUCAUAGUGGACUGAAAUUAAUGCAAGGACUAUGGUCUUAGUGAUAAGUAUAUUUUGAAGUUCUUAAUAUGGAAAUAUACCAGUGUAGUUUGGUACUGUAUUUUUUUAUAUUGAUCCACUGAUACCAGUUAUAGUUUGAAGAUUAUAUUUUCACAGAAUAGAAACCAACAUCUUUGGGUUAUUAUUUAAGGAGGGUAUGCGGUAUUGUGUUUUAAGAACUUGAACAUAAUUUGUAAAGGACUUGAAAUAUAGUUUGAAGGACUUACCCCAAACAAAAACAAAACAAAACAAAACUCCAAAUAAGCAGGAAGAUUUUUUGAAUACUAAUAUUAACUUUCCCCAUUUCUCAUUUUCCUGUUCUUAUUGGUAGAGAAUUUAGGUUUCCUUCUUAGUUGUGAAUGACUAGUAUUAGGACAAUAACCUUCAAAGUUUGUUGUUCUGGUUUCUUAAAUUAAUAAAUAAAUAAAUGUCACCUUUGGCUCACUUAAGCUAUUAGCAAAUUCCAAAGAGACUUAUAGAAACCUACAGAGUAAUCAAGCUAAACAUGGAUAACUUGGUAUCUGCUUUGUUAUUCCUCAGAAAUACUGCACUGGGUGUGUGCCCUCAUUAUUGAACUUCAUUUUAUACUUGUCUACCCUUCAUAGUGCCCUCUACUUUUAAAGGGUUUAUAUGUUGAAAAACUGCUGUGGCCUUUUAUGACCUGUAUAUAAUGUAGAAUAAAAUAAUAAAAUACUUGAUAGCUUUUUAGUGAUAA